CGCCCCGCAGCGCUCGGGCCGCCCGCGGCCGUGGCCGGGGUGCGAGAUGGCCGCCGGCGGGAGCCGCGCCGUCCUGGGGCUGUGGCUGCUGGCGGCGGGGCUGUGCGGCGCGGUGGCGGCGGGCAGGUCCCCAGCUGCCACGAAGUGCGGACGGCGUUCCAGCUGCGGCAGAUCGGGCCCCUCAAGCUGGUCCCCGACGUGCCCACGGCCGAGUCAGAUUUACAGAUCUGCCAACACAGGGCACCAACAUGUUGCACCAAAAAGAUGGAAGAAAGUUACCAGGCAGCAGUUCGGAGGGAGAGGGCUCAGAGCAUCCAGGCCCUGAACUUUGAGCUGAAGUACAUGAUUGUUGGUCACAUCACAGCUUUUCAAGAGGCCUUUGAGUCUUUGCUUCGCUUUGCUGAGAACCGCACAAGUUCCCUGUUUGAGACAGCUUACAGACCUAUGGCAAAAGAAGCAGCAGAGCCUGUUAAGGAGCUUUUUACAGACAUCUCUCUCUACAUUCUGGGUGCAGAGACCACCGUGGAAAGUGCAGUUCUGCGGUUCUUUGACAGCCUCUUUCCUCUGGUGUACAGCCGGCUAAUAAACCCAGGAAUUACAGAUCUGUCAGAGGACUACACGGAGUGUCUGCGGCUAACAAGGCAAGACAUCAAUCCUUUUGGACACUACUCUAAAAACAUGGUUACAGAGCUGUCCAAAUCUCUUUGGGCCAGCAGGAUGCUGAGCCAGGCGCUGAGCCUGGGCAUCGAGGUGAUCAACAGCACAGAGCACGCGGCUCUGAGCAAGGAGUGCAGCCGGGCCCUGGUGAGGAUGCAGUACUGCCCGCACUGCCAGGGGCUCACCCUCAUCAGGCCCUGCGUGGGCUACUGCCUCAAUGUCAUGAGGGGCUGCCUGGCCAGCGUGGCAGAGCUGGAUGCUCAGUGGAGGGAGUUCAUCUCCACGCUGGAAUAUCUCACUAAUGAAAUGGCUGCCUCGCACGAGCUGGAAACGGCCCUGGCGGGGAUCUGGAGCUCCAUCAACGAGGCCAUCCUGCACGCCCAGCUCAAUGGACCACAGCUCUCUGCCACGGUUGAUAAAGUGUGUGGACAGCCCAAACAGCAAGAAGGGAACCUGUCAUCAGCCAGUAUUGUGCCAGUGAAGGAGGUGACUGGAACCCAGACGUUUGUGAUGGCCCACACCAGCCUGAACAAUAGGAGAAGUUCUCUGCCUCUGAAAGCUUCAAAGAAUGACAAAUCAAGAAGUUUGAAAAAAAUCUCUCGAGAGUUCAUCAGUUACAUGAAGAGGUCCAGAACCUUUUAUGCCUCCAUAGCAGAAAGGCUUUGUGAUGGAGACCUGGUGAUGAGAGACAGCUCAACCUGCUGGAAUGGAGAGGAUGUUGUGGAAAGUUAUACCAGCAGAGUUGUUUCCAAUGGACUGAAAGCACAAAUUAAUAAUCCAGAACUGAAAGUCAGAGGAUUGGACCCACUCAUCAAAAAUUUAAUUGAUAAACUUCAGCACUUUAAUCAACUGGAUGCUGAGAAGGCCAAGCUGAAGCUGGAGAGAUGGGGACCCCGGGAUGCUGGCAGUGGGGCUGGAAGGAGUGAGGAGAUGGAGUCAAGUGGAGACUGUGAUGAUGAGGAUGGCUGCCAAGGAUCCGGGGACAGGAUGCACACAGCAGAUGUACUCAAGGACAAGAAAACCCGUGCAGAAAACAGAAAUGAACCAAAACCAACCGUGAAAAAGAUUGACACCACAACCAGCACAAGCACUGUCAAGUCAUCCUCCAAACACAGUGUGACUGGCAGUGGGAGCAGCCCAGCCCUGAGUGCCUCCCUUGCUGUCCUGGCAGCGCUGGCAGCUCUGUGGCACUGUCCCCUGUAGCUGCACUGCCCUGCUGUGCUAAUGCUCCUGCUCACUGUCAUUGAUACCUGCAGCCUUACCCGACUGGAAACAAAUGGAAAUGGCUCUCUAGUUGAUGUGAUUUGUUAGGGUAAAUAAGGAGUGAAAUGCUGGAGUUGGCAGAUACCAAGUGUCAUCACUUUCAAUGGCUGAAGAUAGCUUUUGGCAAAGCCCACCCAAGGUACAGCGAGGAUGAUCACAAGGGUCUGCAUAGCUUAAGUUAUGGGGUAGAAAUAACUGAAAACACAGAAAUUGUGUAUAUGUGUGUGUUACUGUUUUUAUCAAUUUCGUUUGCUAGAAUCUGACCGGCUGUUGUUUAUUUGUUUAAUUUUUCUGGUAAGUUAUAUGAACGGUCAGUCUUCAAAUUCAAGGCAAUCCAUACUUUGUUUUUUUAAGUGAGCAGCUAACAAGCUGUGCUCCAGUUCACAGAAUGAUAGAAUGUUGUGGGGUUGGGAUGGACCUUAAAGAUUAUCAAGUCCCAGCCCCCCUGCCAUGGCAGGGACCCCUCCCACCAGCCCAGGUACCAGGUGAAGUGCUCUCUACCAGCUUGAUGGAAUUCCUGAGUGGUCAAGAAGAUCAAAGCAUGUUUGAAACUUCUUUUCACUCUUAUUGUUUAGAUUGUAGGAAGCAACAUAAAAACAUAUGGUGUGUCUAAUAUAUCAGUAUAGUUGCCUUAACUGUGGAAAAAAAUAGAACCACUUUGUUUACUGAGAGACAUAGAUAGUGAGUUUCCCUGCCCCACAAAAUGUCAUUACCAGAUGCUUAAGCAUAUGCUCAAGGCUUAUUGGAUGAAUGUCCAGCAAAGGGAAACGUAAAUAAACAUAAUAAUGUUUUAUCCACCUAAAUGCAGCUCUGUACAGAAAAAAAAAGAAAAAGAAAAAAAAUAGAUAAUUCAGUUCAAACUUACUUUACCUAUAAGAUGUUACAUAGAAACCAACUUAAGUUUUCCAUAAAGGUCCCAGAAAUAUAAAUUAUUGGGAACUCCCAUUAGACACUAACUAGAUUUUGUGCAUUAUGGAUCUCUGAAAUCAACUGUUUCAUAAACUGUGUAUUAUUUAAUUACAUUUAAUGUUUAAAAAUUUGUAUCACGUUAGGUGUAAAUGUAAAACAUUCUGAAAUCUAGAACAUUCUCUGUUAUGCUUCAUCUUGAUUGCUACCCUAGAAAAUGUCAAAUGUGCAUUAUGUUACAAGGCUAUUUUUUUUAAGUCAAUGAUACAUUGAUGCAUUUUAACUUUUUGGAUGAAAAGGUACUAUAAUAACUUCUAAUGGGUUAAGAGUUAAUGUGUGUUUUCCAACAACUGUUUACAGUGCCAUUGAAUAUAUGUAUACAAACACAACUGUAUGAAUACAGUGAUUAAUAUGAUAAAUAUAUGAAACAUUAGAAUUGUUAUAUUUACUACAUUUCAUAACUAUUACAACUGUUUAAUGGCCAUUUUCAUGUUGUAGACUAUUCUUAUGUACAGUUUUGUAAGAUUUAAUGUAAAACACUUGCCUUUGGUUUUUGUAAAACAUCUCUUUGAUACUUACCCAGUCACCGAGAUUACUCAAGAGAAGAGCCCUGUGUCUCACUAACCAGCUUCAGGCAUUUUAUUGGCAACUUUGAUUACAGAAGCCUGACUCAAAGCAGGUGCCAUGGGCCAGGAUUACUGCUGGGUGCCACCACACAGGAGGUGACAAUGGUACAGAACAAGCAGACAAUAAAGUGAACAAAGGCUCACUACACUUGCACGUUUCCAGACAGUAUCAGUGAACAUGUCUAAUUAUGUCUGCAAAGUGGGGCUUUAGUUUCAUUUCCAGUGUUGGUUCCUAGAUCAGAUUUACGACAUAAAGGUGUGAUCAGAACCAUGGAUGCACCCAGCUGCAAAAGCAGCGUCUCUAAAGUGGCAACAGCUAAAUUUUCUGAAAGAUAAUUCAAUUUUAAUGUUGAAACAAGAAAAUGAAAUGGAGAAGAUACUUACAUUAACAUCAAGUAUUUUGUAUUUUAACUCUGAUUUUUCACAACGGUAAGGAUAUUAUAGUAUAUAUAAUAUCCCUAAGGAGUGCUUCCCAGUCCUAUCAGUGAAAAUCAGUUUUCCCACAAGUAUUUAAAUGGCUGUCCUGUCUUUUCCAGGGUUUGUGAGCUGCACCAGUUUAUGGAACCAAAAUUAAAAAUGCUGCUUCUUGUAUUCAUUUUCAGUGCCCUUUGGAAAAGUGCUGUUUUACCUGUGCAGGUCCCAUCAUCUGUGCAGUGGAAGGACUUGUAAUGCCUGGCACUCUUAGAGAAUCCUGCACUGUGAUGGCUGAGUCAGACAGGAGCUCUCUGUGCACAAACAGAAAUGUACCCUGGGUGCUCACACUCACCACCUGCCCCACCAAGCACUCUGAAUUCACUGGAGCAAUCCCAGUCUGGUGUUUGUCAGCCUGACUGCUGAUUUAGAGUUCUCAUGCUUACAGUGCUCAGUCAUCAUUCAGGCACUGGAAGUGUCCAUCAGGAUUCCUGUGGAUGAGGUUUCAGGGCUGGGCUCCAAUCCUGCCAGAUGUCAGCUGUGCAGUUGGGGUUUUUCAGAUUUUUCUCCCCUGCAGAGAGGGAACCUGAUCAGCCAGAGGCAGGUGUAUUUCUGAGGUCUGCUCUGGAAAAGAUUUUAGCAGCGAUCUCGCCAGCCGCAUGUUCAGCUGCAGCGGAGGGAGCUGCAGAAACCCCACAGGAGGCAAGUAUGCAAUAAUUCACCCAGGGAGAUAUUUGUUGUUGCUAAAUGUCAUAAUUUUGCUAAACAGAAACCUCUGAAAAAUCAAGGGUUUGGAUUUGGGGAUUGGUUGGCGAAUAUUUGUAUUCAUGUCUCGAGCUAAACAAGAAAACCCUUUAAAAGUUUCUGUAACAAAACACAACAAGUUCAAAUCGUGGGGUGAGGUAGAAUCAGCUCAUUUCAUUGGACUCAACCAAUGUUUUGAUAGACACAACUCGCUGCAGAAUGAGGGAAGAGGGCUCUACAUCAAUUAAUACAUUUCAUGCAAAACCACUUCUACACUAAGAAGAGAACUGGUCAAACCAGCGUGAAAUAUGUUCACAAUGAGCAUCAAAAAUUGUGCCAUUUUAAAGGGCAGUGCAGUUUAUUUUUACUGGUGGUUUGUGAUAUUUUUUCCCUCAGGAUCAGUUGCAUUUACAUUUUUACAAAUGAAUGUUUUCCAGCAGACAAACCAUCUAUACCAACCAGUAAAGGUAAAACCACUGGCCGUGUCAGAUAAAGGAAACAUUCAUUUUCAGAUGAACUAGAUACCUGCUUUACAAAGUCUUAGUUUGUUACCCAGGACACUGUAUUUAUGAUGUAAUUACAAAGGUCUAAAUUCAAAAUACUUUUGAACUUGUCUAUGUAAUCUCAGUGUAAAAUGAGGCACCAGUCUAAGAGCAUUGCUGUAGCCAUGCCUAACAGUUAUGAAUUGUAUUUAGCCACUGCUUUCUGAUUGUUUAUUGUUUUGCUAUGACUUUCUUUGAAUAUUUUGUUGUGCCCACAUUUGUUAAUGCCAGCAUUGGAAAGUAACUGCUGUCAUACAUUUGUGAGUAAAUUCAAUGUACAAUUUUCUGUUGGGAGUGAUGCGGGCUUUUUACCAAAUCAGACAAAGCUGCCAUGGGCACAGUGUCAGUUCUUAGUGUUCCAGUGCUCUUCAGGCUCUGUGUUCCUGUAAGAGGCUCAGGUCUGUGUGUCCCCAGUGCCCUUCCUGGCUGUGGAAGCACCAGGGGAGGGUGAGCAGGGCUGGGCAGAGGCGUGGGUGGCUGCAGGGUGCAGGGCAUGGCAGCUCCAGCUGGCUGCUCUGAGCCCUGAGCCCAGCGUUCUCAGCUAAUUUCAAGCAGCUUUUUACACCUCUCCAAAUCAUCUCUUGGAGACUGGCCAGGCAAAGAGCAGCAGAGAAUCAAGAGAACUGCACUUUCAGACAACUUCACAGCCACCUGCUAGGAAUUGGACUUUUUUUUGCAGUUUAGAUGCUUUACACAGUCUGGCCUCUCGCACUUUUUUCUGGCUUGCACAUUGCCAGUGCUGUGCCCUCUCUUUUAGUGCAGCUUUGUUAUUGCAUAAGGAACUGUGAUUCUGAUCUCUCAGUAAUGAACCUUUUGAGGUAAAAAUGUCUGUCAGAGCUUGAUAAGGGCACACAAAUAAUACUGUCCAGCUGUGCUGACUUCAGAGGCUCUGUGCGUGGGUAUCUGGCUGUGAGAUUCACAUCUCUCUGAUCUCUUCAAUCAGAUCUGUGUUUAAAAUAGCCCCAUUCCCUUUUGAUACCAAGACUGCAACAUACAGAGAAAAUUUAAAUUUAAUUCUCUCAUCCUGUAUGAGUCUUCUUCAUGUUAUCCUAAUGGAUGUUGUGUACAGACUUGAUUUUAAUAUUAGUCAACCUUUUUUGCCCAUAUUUACUGAGAUUUUCAGUAUUGCACAUUAUUAGGUUUAAGCAAUGUCUAUUCAAGUGAAAGGAGCUGAAACACACAUUGAAGUGAGAUACUGAGUAGGACACAAAACCCAGAAAGUUCCUGCAUUCCUGAAUGGAACUCUUGACGUUAAACAAAGUUUAGAGCCAACAUUUCCUAGCUAGCAUGGUGUCAGAGUGGUUUCAGCUUUUUAUUGAAAAUUGAUAAGCAGUCUACCCAUUUUAAAGGGGAAAUCAGUUGAUACAUGCUUUCCUCAUGUCUCCUCAGGUGGUCAGGUUUAGCUCUGUAGGAGACAUUCCCUAUCUUGCACAGUUUAAGGGCUUAAUCUUAAAACUGGCCAUAAGUACAAAGCAUUUAUUUUCAUUUAUUGCAUUUUGCUGCUCUCUGUGCUUCUUGUAAUGACAUCCAGCAUAUGUCACUGAAAAGUGAAACAUCUUCCAGUCAAUGUCAUUACUGCUCUGACAUGUGUUAGUCAAAAAGAACACGAGUUUAUCUUUCUCCCAUUGCCUCAGAAGUCUAGAAUUAUUCUCAAUACUGAAUUCUCUUCUGUGUUCUAUUGUCACUCUCUAAAUACUACAUUUGAAUUGUAUUAAAUAUUAAGCCACAAAAAAAUAAAUGCUGGGUGAGAGAUUGUAAUAAACAGAGGAUAAAUUCAGAAGAAGAACAUGCAUUUAACAUGGAGAAUACUCCUAGGAAGGAAAUCUCUCAUGGACUAGAACAAUUUCUCGAGUCCCUUCCCUUUCUCCAGGUACAUCAGCAUUGCACCUUCACACAGCACAGCAGGAAGCCUGCAUGCAGGAAGCUGCUACUGGAUUCAGCAAAGGAAUUAAAACUGUUGCUGCACAGUGAUAUUUCCAAUACCUUGCUUGCAGUGGAUGUCCUUUUGCAGUUGCAAAAGAUGCAUUUCAGCUGCACGUGCAGCUGCUUCAGUCCUUGCUCAGGAAGCAGCUGCAGUUGCUGUAGCUUUGAGAAGAGGCUGCUGGACAGACCACGAUGAAAUUUUUUUGUGUCACUCCAUGUCACUGUCCUUAAAAUAGACUGGUUUAGGCAUUCUGGUCAUUACCAGCACUACCAGGAUUUGCCCCCAUGGAAAUCCUGUAAUACCCUUCCAGGAGAAGAGCACAUCAAGGAGAGGCCACUGGUGCUCUCUCAACGUGCUUGAAGUGCUUCAUUAAAAACCCACUAACAACCACGUUGGUCUCUUUUUUGCCGUGCAGAAAGUGCAAAAUUAUUCUGUUUGCACUUGAUCAUUUCAAUUAAUCUUUAGUAAAUUACUCAGUACUUCGUAAUUAUAAUAUUUGCAGUUAAUUUAGUGCCAUCUUAAAAAUAAUUAGUUGUAUAAUAUAAGCAAUUAAUAUUUAUUCAGGGUUUUUUUUUCUUGCAGGGGGAUAUAUAAAUUGUCCUCAGUGGCCUUUCUGUACACCUAAUUAGCACCUGUUUGAAUUAUUCUACAGGCUAUGGACAAUUCAUUUGAAAAAUAAAUGGCAUUGCUAGUUCUGUGAACUCCUUGCAAAUACACAGUUGUAAAAAUUACUUUUCAGGGGAAUGCAAAAGCACGUUUUCAUACAUUUUCUGGGUUUAUGAGCCAGGCUGGGCUUUUAGGCUAUUGCACCUAAAAUAGUUACUGACAUUUUAAAUGCAGUUAAGAUGGAGGAAGUCUGAUACCACUUUCCCAUAAUUAACUACAAUAUCCCAGAUUUGUAGCCUGUUUUAUUCAGUGAUGAAAAAGGAAAGCAGUAAGACUUCAAGAAUAUAGAUACUAGUAUAAUUUUCACAUUUCUGUAUAUGCAUAUACAGUUCAGAAGUUGAGAACACUGUGUUAAACUUGUGGAAAUUAAACCAGAUUGCUUCCAUCUUGCAAGGAAGCUUCUAGGUAAAUAGUAAUUUUCUAUUUAAAUGCACAAAAUACUGAGGAAAAUAAUUUGAUCUUUCUAAAAAGAAGAUCUGAAAAAAUGUUUACAGUUUCCACACAUACAAAAUUGAGAAAUCAAAAAUAAAGAUACUUUUCUGGAGGUGUGAAAUGUGGGAAGAGACUUUAAGCUCCUAUAGAUCAGUGCAGUUUCCUUGAUUGCAGUUUAACAAUGUAAAUUUACCCUGACAUAUGUAUCUAGCCCAAGAAUGGGAAUUCCUGCCCAUCAUUUUUGCAGUUGCAGAAAAUCAAGAGUAACUGCAGGGAUUACAGAAUGUGCUUAACUUUUGCAUUGCCCCAGCCAUGCUGAGUGUCUCAUGCCUGUAACACAACCCUGUAAGACAUGGCAUGCCCUAAGUCUGCUGCCAUUUUCCCUUUCCAGGGCACAGCAGGGGCCUUUUCCAGCAGCAGUUGGUUCUACACCUUGGAGCUGGGCUAUGAGGAGAUAUUUAUUCUGUGAGUAUCUCCUAGGGUAGAAAUUCUUUCUCAGAGAAGGUUCACUGAUACUGAUCAAGCUUUGAGGCAGAUCAAGCCUGAUUUUUCUGUUUCAUGUUAAAACAGGAUCCAAGUCUUGAACUGGUCUCAAAAAUUAAGUGAGACUCGUUGGAGAAGACUGAUGGGAGCUUUGAUGUCUUCAGGGAAGCUUACAGAGCAGAGGGCAGGCAGCUGUGGUCUGCCUCAGCUGAAGCUUGUGUGUCUUUGUGUUCAGUUUCAGGUAAAAUUAUCCAGGAGUCUCCAGAUUAGCAAAAUGACAAAUUCCUGAGUUGCUGCAGUUCUCUAGUGAAGAAAUUAAAUUUCUUCUGAACAGAAACAAACAUUAUUCUAAAUUAUGCUGAAAAUCCAGCUUGGAAGGAAACCAAAGCAGGAUGUUAGGCCUCACAAAGAUCCCCCUGAGUGGGGUUGGCUUUGGUGCCAACCAAAGGGUCAGAGUGUACCUGGUUGUUAUGGAAGAGCACAUCUACCCUCUAGUUCUGCUUUGGGCUGGAAAAAAGCUCAGGAUUAUGGCUCGCAGGUGACAAACCAUGUGUAGGCAAAAGCUGUAGGCAAGUCCACAAAGCAGUCAGGCAGUCAGUGGAGGCUCAUUGAAAAAUGAGGAGAUGCAUUUAACUGACUUAUUUGAGCCUUUGCAUUAGGGGUGAGCGACAGGGUUGAAGCCUCCUCCCCAAGCACUGCAGCUGCAGAUGGGAGCAGGCUUUGGGAGCAGCAAUACUAGGGAAAAUGGUUUUUGUAUCCCAUUUAUUCUGUGGAACCCUAUUGGAAUAAAAAUGGAAGCCAGUACACCACACCUUGCAAUUUGUUGCAUAAUACAGCUACUUCCUGUUCUUUGGUAUCAGAACUAACACAGCAUGAAUGUUUACACUACACUGGGAUAGAAACUCUAGUAAAAUAUGUGCUUUGCCAUUUAGCUUUUUAAAUAACUAGUUUAUGGCCUCCUAGUCUGUUUCAGUUCAUUUUACUUUACAGGAAUUAAUAGGCUGCUCCAUUUUUAUCUUACAUGAGUUGUAUCUUGGGUAUUUUAAGUUCCAAAAUAGAUUGGUUUUGCCCUAGGCUGUACUCAAGCUCUAAUAUGUAUUUCUAUUUCCCAAGCACAUGUUUUAUUUGUAGUAUAUCUUCUUAUAUUUUUAUUGCAUAAAUUUGUCGAUUUUCUUCAGUUUGUUUUCAGCAUUGAAUACAAUACAAGCAAUUGAAAGAAACAGUCUGAGAACAGCAUCUUAAAAGAAGAACAAAUCUACUUUCAAAAGUUAAACAGCUUUGUAAAAGACAGUGAACUGCGAUUGGGAACAAAAAUAAAUAAUUCA